AUGGCUAGCCUGGAGCAGCAUGGCUCUUCUGGUUUCUCAGACUCAGACUCGUCAGCUGGAAGCCCUGGUCGACCGCAAUCCCGCAACGCCGCCACCUACACCCCCGACCCGCCGCGUCGCUCCGGCCUCGGUUCUCAUUUCUUCACGCAUCCUUCCCGCACGUCCAUCCUGAGUCCCAGUGGUGGUCUCCUGCUCGAUCCCGUGCCCGGCCUCGUCUCAGCGACGUCGCGUGCCGACAACAAUAACCUGCACGACUCUGGCCUCCACGACGUGGCCACCAUGUGGAAGACCAGCGGCACCCUGCCUUCGUUUUCUCGCGGAUUCGACAUGUUCAUGGCCCCGAUGUAUCCAGAAAGCUCAGAGUCUUCUUCCAAAGACCACGAUGCCUUCUUCGUCCCGUCGUAUCUGUCCGAGUCCACCUAUGUCCACAAGUUGGAGGCCGCACACAGGUCCAAGCUUCAGGCUCGGAGAGAGGCUGUCAAGCAACACAACCAGGAGAUGGCAACUGGAUUGGCCCGCAGUCAGACUGGUCUGAGGAUGUACCCGACGUCAGUUGGCACCAGGCCCCACACGGGUCUGGAGAGGCCCGGCUGGCCAAAGUUGGAAGACGAUCUGACACCUCUGCCGAGUCGCUGGAAUCCCGGGGACUCGUGGGGGUCUAUCGAAUUUCUAGAAGCUGGCCGAUCUUUGAAGUUUAUCGGGCCGAGAAGUCAUCAAGAUAGGGACCACGAGGCAGCUGCCGUGCGAGCUGAUUAUCCCAUGCCUGCAGAAUGUGGAAUAUUUUACUACGAGGUCCAAGUCCUAUACGGAAAACGCGACGAUACUACCAUUGCCGUCGGCUUUGCCACAAAAGCUGCUACCAUGUCGCGGCCAGUAGGUUGGGAAGGCGAGACGUGGGGAUAUCAUGGAGAUGAUGGCCGUUGCUUUGCCGGCCAGAGCUCAGGGCGGGCAUUCGGUCCAACGUUCAGCACAGGAGACGUCGUCGGAUGCGGCGUCAACUUCCGCGAUCACACUGCAUUUUUCACCAAGAACGGCGUCAAGAUUGGCGUGGCUUUUCACGACGUCACUCGAACUAAGCUUUUCCCUGCCAUUAGCCUUAAGAAACCGGGCGAACAUAUCAUGGUCAAUUUCGGGCAGGCCCCUUUUGUUUAUGAUAUUGACGAUAUGAUGAGAGAGCAACGGAGCAAAGUCCAAAACGAAAUUGAAAAGACUGAUAUUUCCAGGCUUGAACCGGGAAUGAGCGAAACAGAUCUCAUACAAGCCUUGGUCCUACAGUUCCUGCAGCACGAUGGCUAUGUGGAAACAGCGCGAGCUUUUGCGGAGGACAUAAAGCUGCAAAAGGAGGCUUUGAACUUGGAUCCUAAUGUUACCGUCGAUGGAGUCAAUAUUGAAGAUGACGAAGAUGCUAACAACAGGCAAAAAAUUCGAAAAGCAAUUCUCGAGGGCGACAUUGAUCGUGCGCUGAAGUACACGCAGGCCUACUAUCCCCCAGUAUUCGAAGAAAACGAAGAUGUUCAUUUCAAGUUGUGUUGCCGGAAAUUCAUCGAAAUGGUGCGUAAAACGGCACAGCUGAGAAGCGCAGUCGACACCAAGAUGAGCAACGGACAUGGACCCGGCUCGAGCUCUGUUUCGCAGGACAUGGAUGUUGACUUGAAUGGCGGUGACAACAUGACUUGGAACGAGAAUUCCAACAUGGAUGCCGAUACGCAAGAUGUUCAGUUCGAGCUGCUGAAGCUGGAACAAGAAAUGCUCAGCUACGGACAGUCCCUAGGAGCCAAAUAUGCAAGUGACCCGCGAAUUUCCGUCACCAAGGCGCUUGGAGAAAUAUGGGCACUGGUGGCGUAUGCCAAUCCUCUAAUGGAAAAGAAUGUCAGCUAUCUGCUCGAUAAGAAGGGCAGAGGAGCUGUGGCAGAGGAACUCAACUCUGCCAUUUUGGCGUCGUUGGGCAAAUCUUCGCAGGCAUCUAUUGAGAAGCUCUAUGCGCAAACAAGUGUCCUACUGGAGGAUCUUGGAGCGGAUGGCAGCGCAGGUGCGUUUGUUUCGGUGCAGGAUGUUGUGGACAGCAUCAAGGCCGGGCCACGACUGUAG